AUGCUCAUUGUCUUGAUUGAUGAGCUGAAAAGGGAAUGCUCAAAAGAAAUGGGAAGGCUUCAAAUCACCAGUGGUAGCGGUGAUAGCCCUCCUCCCCUUGCUGUGUUUGGUUCCGUGAUGUUCUGUGUCUUUCUGGUAAUAUUCGGUGGCUAUUGGAGACGAGCAGGACGUGCACGCGCAAACACAGCAGAGCAGCCAGGGCGAGCGUCAACAAGGGCCCUUGGGAAGUUGGACGUGAACGUGUCAGGGAAGUCUGUACAAUUAGCUAAAAUUCUCCAGAAGAGAAAGGUCAAUAUAACUUGUGUUCAAGAGACUAGGUGUGCAGGGUCUAAGGCGCGGGAGGCGGACGGGUUUAAACUGUGGCACUCAGGAGGUAAGAUGGGUAGGAAUGGAGUGGGCAUCUUGGUGGACAAGGUUCUCAGGGAGCUAGUAGUAGAGUGGGUCUGGAUGAGGAGAUUAAAAGGCGCUUCUGGGAAGGUUUUGGAUGAGGUUGUGUGUGGUGUUCCACCCACUGAUAGGAUAUUCAUAGGAGGAAAUUUUAAUGGGCGUAUUGGGAGGUCUGCUGGGGGCUAUGAUGAGGUACAAGGUGGCUUUGGCUUUGGGGUCAGAAACGGAGGAGGUACUUCACUGUUGGAUUUCACUAAGGCGUUUGAUUUGGUGAUAGUAAACUCGUGUUUGCAGAAGAGGGAGACGCACUUUGUUACCCUCAAGAGCGCAAUGGCUAAGACCCAAAUCGGCUAUCUCUUUCUCUGUAGGUGUGAUAAAAGUCUGUGCACAGAUUGUAAGGUUAUCCCAAGUGAGAACCUCAUGACCUAG